AUGACUCUCACCGCCACCGCCUCCAACCGCGUCGCCAACGGCACGAUCACAAAGUAUACGCUCCCCUCAGCGUCCCUCGGCGCGCUCACGGCGUCUGUCAACGUCUUCGUGCCCGACAGCGCCGCGCAGGCGCCCGUCCCGGUCCUGUUCUACCUCGCGGGCCUGACGUGUACCGAGGACACGGCGGCGUGGAAGGCCGGCAUGUUCAACACGGCUGGUAAAGAGGGUAUCGCCCUCGUCUUUCCCGACACGAGCCCGCGCGGCGCCGGCGUCGAGGGCGAGGACGACGACUGGCAGCUUGGUACCGGCGCCGGCUUCUACAUCGACGCCACUGCCGAGAAGUGGAAGAGGCACUACAACAUGUACACCUACGUCGUCGAGGAGUUGCCCAACGCCCUCAAGGCCGCCAACUUGGGUCUGGACUUCUCGCGCUGGUCCAUCACCGGUCACUCGAUGGGCGGCCACGGCGCCCUCACCAUCUACCUGAAGAACCCGGGUCUCUUCAAGUCGUGCUCGGCCUUCUCCCCAAUUACCAACCCCUCCCGCGUCCCCUGGGGCAUCGGCGCGUUCACCGCAUACCUCGAGACGCGUACCCGCUCGCUUCCCCCCGCCGAGUGGCUGCCGCACGACGCCUCCUUCCUCCUCGCCUCGACCAAGGCGGAGGCGGGCUCGCUCCACAUCCUCGUCGACGUCGGCACCGCGGACCAGUUCCUGAUCGCCGGCCAGCUCACUCCCGAGGCCCUCGAGCAGGCCCAGCAGACCCGUGUGGCGGACGGCCGCGGUGUCGGCGGCGAGCUCACGCUCAGGCGCCAGGAGGGCUACGACCACUCGUACUACUUUAUCUCGACCUUUUCGCCGGAGCACGUCGAGUUCCAUGCCAAGUACCUCAAGGCCUAG